AUGUCAGUGCCAAAAGCGGUAACCCCGAGCUACACUCGGACUUACCAUGCGGCGCUGCAUAGGGAGUCCCUGCAGCACUUACCUUGUCCUUCGCUCCCACGAUGUGUCCCCUGCAGCGUCCCCAGCCAUCUCCUCCGGCUGAUGCCGGCAUCCGGCUCCUGUGUUCCAGUCCCUGUGAUGUCGGGACGUACGAGCGGCGCCGGCGGCAGCGGGACAUUUGAAAAUUUUUAAAAAAUGUCAUUUUUUUCAAAACGAUUUUACAUAUGCUCUGUCCUGUCCUCUGCCUGCAUUUUGACUGUUCUUUCUG